AUGGUUAUGGCACGUUUUCUAAUGACAAAUGCAAUUAAUCAAUUACUUGAACAUCAAAAUCAAAAUGCUAGUACACAUUUAAUAAUUGAUUAUCUUGAUUUAAUAAAAAAAAUGAUUCAAUUACUUCGUUAUUCAAAUUUAUUUGAUUUUGGUGAAUUAUUAAUUUCAACUGAAAUUGAAUGUAUAGAAAAAUCUUGUGUUAGUGAAGCCUUAAAAACAGAUAUUACAUAUCUUUUAUCUUUAUGUGAACACGGUGAUCUACAUUUACGUGGUGCAUGUGAAAAUUUACUUGUUACAUUAAUUCAAACAACAAAUCAUCUUUUAACACUAUCAUCAUUAUCAAAUUCAUUUAAUAAUUCUUUUAUUAAUGAAUGUUCACUUGUAUCAACUGAUUCACAAGACAGUUCAAGUCAUGCAUUUACAAUCAUAGGAAUUGAAUUAUUGAAAGAUUCUAUUCAACAUAGUACAAGUUCCUAUGUUCUUGCUAAAUUUGCUCUAGCUCAACUUAUAGAUGAUAUUGAUUUUCGAAUAUUAACUUAUCUUGAACAACAACAAAAACAAUUAAAACAACAGUACCCUGAUAUACGUGUUCGUCAACAUUUUAUUUAUUGUAUUGCUGAAUUUCUUGUUACGUUAUUACAUGAUACACUUCAUUCAAAACAAGUUAUUAAAAUACAAGAUUUAAUAAAACAUUAUGAUUCAUUAAUAACAAGUGGACAUGAACCUGAAACACAUGCUUUGGCAGUAUUAGAACCAGUUUUAUAUGAUUUUUUUCUUGUUUGGGAUUUACGAUUGUUAACAGUUAUUGUUAAUAGUGUUCAAAUUGAAAAUGAUAAAUGGAAACGUCUUUCACAACAAAUUGUCGAUUUACUUCUUGCUCAUUUACAAUCUCAGAAUCAAUCACUUUUGGAUAUUUAUUCCACACAAUUAACACUAUUUGUUGUUGUCUCAUCAGCUGCAUUACGAUCAAUUGAUCCAUUUGUUAUUGCUUUUCGAGCAUUAGUAAAUAGAAAUGUCCGUUGUUUUUAUUUAUAA